AAUCUGAGAACACAACACAUGUCACAAAACGUCAAAGCACUUCCUUCAACAAAAUAUUUUGUUAUUGUUCCACACCAUCUCAACCGACCUAUUAGCUUAAAAAUCACACAGAAAUCAACGCAACUGCAGCGAUGGCAACAAAAAGUAGACUUUCGAAAUCCAUUUUGGACAUGAAAUUUAUGAAACGGACCAAAGAAAAGGUGAUCAAAGAAGAGGACGAUGCCGAAGGUCGAGCCAUGUAUUUGAGCGAAAUGACCGACAAAAUGUUGACGGGAAAUUCACAGUUCAUAAUCGAGCCCAGCUACGUGCCAUGCGAGAAUUUGAAAGACGGACGAAUCAGCUUCAGAGGAAUGAAUCCGGAAAUUGAACGGUUACUCGAAUUGGAAGAGCAGGAGAGACAGUCGAAAGCCGAUGUGGAUGUGAAGAAGGAUGUUACCGAUACAGAAAUGAGCAACUACUAUGGCAAUGUUGUGAAGACCAUGCAGAGGAAAUUCGAACCGAAGGUGAAACGGAAAAUGGUAUUGCCGGAACCGGUCAACACAACGUACAAACGAACGAAAGCAGGUGGUCAGCAUCAGAAGCAAGGGUUUAUCAAACCGAAUACGGAUGACUAGUAGAUUGACGCGUUUGGUCUUUUUCUUUUUGGCGAAAGAGAAUGGAGCAAACAAUUUGGUUGGUUAAGAAAUUCAUUUAUUGAUUCUCGUUUUCAAUAAACCACAAAACUGAAGUUUUUACAAAAA